AUGGCAGAGCAUCAUCCACUUCCCGCGCUGCCUCCCCAGCAUCAGCAGCCAAACCAACAACUCUACCACGACCAAGCCGCCGAUUUCUACGACGAGCCGGCUCAAUUCCCGCCCUACCAGCAACAGUACGACCAGCCGCAGCCCGUACAACCGCCGCCUCGCGUUCAACCUCAGACUCAAGCUCCAGCCCAGAAGCAGCCGCAGUCUCCUCAUAGACGACCUAGAACAUUCAGCUUCCAGUCCAACAAGUCCCACAAGUCCCACAAGAGCUCGGGGAGUCACCCCAAGAUCGACUUGCACGAGACUCACCAGGAGAAGGAAGCAAAAAGAUUGCACAGCAAAGCCGAUCCUACCGUCGCUAUGAGCGAGGCCGAACCUUCCGCCGUCCAGGCAAUGACGAAGACGUCCUUGGCACCAUUGCGCGCCAUCCAGCACAAGGACACAACGGGCAACCCCAUCUCCGAGCCCGAUCGAUCCAACCCGACCCGCAGCCGAUGGGAGCGACCUUUGGAUACUAUCCGCAGCUUCGAGGCUGCCAUUGACGGAGGUUAUCGAGACCGCGACCGCCGCCAAUCAUACCGCUCAGACGCCGAGUCCGUUGCGACAUGGAACCGACGGAGCAGCUACUAUGCUAACCGCUCGUACGAGACUGUCACGUCGGCGGCUGGAAGCGGAAGUUCGGCGGAGCAUGCCGGAUACCACACCGACCCGACCAGCAGCGACAACAGCUCUAUCGAGCGGGCCCCGGCUCCUAAGCCCGAGCCUGUAAACGAUUAUGGCAGUGGCUUCAACCAGGGGCAAUCACAUCAAUCGCCCGCGUUCAAUCUUGAGAACGGUACACCAAACGGCCCGCAGAACGGCAAAGGCCAUGCCUAUUCAUCUGUGAAACAAGGACCCCAAAUUUCAGACAAGGGCGCCAAUGUGCUUCGGAGACCGGUCGCGGCCCCGCCUCAACAGCAACAGCAGCCGCAGCAGCGACCUGAAGCACCAGCCAAAAGAAAAAGCUGGUUUUCCCGCCGGUUCAGCAAGGCAUCUUGA